AUGUGCUCCAUUUCCAGCAGAUGGCAGCUCCCCCACAAGCUUCAAUCCCGGAGGAGGAGCCGCAUCCUCCGCGCCGCCCUGCAAGUCCCCCCCGCCAUAGUCACCCCCGGCGGGGCCGCCGUAGCAGACCGCCCAGCUCCGGCAGCGUCACCACCUCCCAGCGCCGUUGCCAACAACCAGAGCCUUCGUUCUACAUGGCAACACCGGGGGUGGGUCACCGCCGGCUGCGCAGCGGUGGCGGUCGCCGCCGUGAAGUCCGCCGCGGCGGCCCAGGAAUCCGGCCUCUUGGCGGAGCCCCUCAUCGCCGCCGCCGCGGGGUACCUCCUCGCCGACCUGGGCUCGGGGGUCUACCACUGGGGCAUCGACAACUACGGCGGCGCCGCCACCCCGCUCGUCGGCGCACAGAUAGAGGCCUUCCAGGGCCACCACCGGUGGCCGUGGACGAUAACCCGGCGGGAGUUCGCGAACAACCUCCACGCCCUCGGGAAGACGGUGGCGGUAGCGCUGCUCCCCUUCGACCUCUUCCCCGGCAACGCGGCGGUGCACGCCUUCGCCGCCGUGUUCGCGGGUUGCAUCAUGUUCAGCCAGCAGUUCCACGCGUGGGCGCACGGCACGAAGAGCCGGCUGCCGGCGGCGGUGGUGGCGCUGCAGGACGCCGGCGUGCUGAUCUCGCGCCACCAGCACGCGGCCCACCACCGCGCGCCGUACAACGGGAACUACUGCAUCGUCAGCGGUGUGUGGAACGAGUUUUUGGACGGCUACAAGGUCUUCGAGGCCAUGGAGAUGGUCAUCUUCUUCAAGUCUGGAGUCCGGCCCCGCUCCUGGAGCGAGCCGGAAUCCGCGUGGAAGGAGGAGGACGACGAGAGGAGCCCCUGA